CACUUCCGUGUUUCUCAUUCCCCAGAGCUCUGAGGAGAUCUCUCACUUUAAUCAGACAUAAUCUGCACUGCAUGGACUGUAUUCUUUGAGGGUAGGUAGCUGACUGGAAGUUACAUUUGGAUCACAAAAGCAUGCAUGUGCAGUAACAUUUGUUUGUUAGAACUUCCUUUUUCUCUCUAAGAAACACAAGAUUCAAGUUGUGGUCCACUUUCAUCUACUGUUCCUCCAGCACGGUUAUAAUGCAAGUGCCUGACAACUCCACCCACUGGACUCCUGAGAAUAAGACAAGCAGUGCAAUGUUUGGGAUUUGCAUUAUACUCGGGAUCCCAGGAAACUUGGCUGUAGUGGUGGUCAUUAUAACACGCGUGAAGAAGAAAAGCUACACUUUACAGCUGAUCUUAAACUUGGCUGUCUCUGACAUUAUCUGCCUGCUCACCAUACCACUGUGGAUCAAUAAUCAUUUGAAUGGCUGGAAUCUUGGUAAAUCUGCCUGCAGAUUCUUCGUCGUUGUACUCUAUGUUAGUGUUGUGUCCAAUCUUCUGACGGUCACGCUGAUGAGCGUUCAACGUUAUGUCCAUGUUCUGUAUCCCCACAUAUGGGCCAAGCUGGGCAGAAGAGGAGAAAUGGCUCUACUCAUCAGUCUGUGGAUGAUAUCGCUUGUCUUUUCUGGACCUUAUUUUCUAAUAUACAAAGCUGGAGAAAAUGAGUGUGAGCUUAUAUCAUCAGGAGAUGGGAGGUUAUUGGUUCUGUGUUCUGAGACCAUACUAUGCUUUAUUUUUCCAUUCUUAAUAAUGCUAAUCUUUUACCUGCGUCUCUAUAAGAAAGUUAAGCAGAAGACAUUCUUUAGACACCAAAGGAUGACUAAGAUGGUGAUUUGCAUUUUGGUGAUUUUCUUUGUUGUGUGGUGCCCUUACCAUGUUUUCAAUCUUGUUGAAAUAGCAGCAAUCAUGUUGAGGUUUUCCUACCAGCAUACAUCUGAGAAGGUGCUUGACUUUGUGCAUCAUCACAGACGUAUUGUUGAGGGCUUUGCCGCCUUUAACACAUGUGUGAACCCGUUCCUGUACGCUUUUUCAUUUAGAAAUCUUUGCAGAAAACAUAAACGGACAGAAAAAGAAAACAGUGUUACAAAGGGCUCCACUGAAAUCUAAUGACGCAACAUAAAAUAUUAUGUGUGUGUGUGUGUGUUUUGUGUAAAUGCAGGAUUAGAUGGCAUUCUGUUUGAUACUGUUUAACAUUGAUGCAUGAUUAAAUACAGUAUAUUUAGAUAAAAUUAAUACUCUUUUCUUGUUGUGUAUAUUAACUUACUUGACUUAAUUAAAUAUGCUGAUAACCAAACCAGGAAAAAUACACCAAAAUAUCUUGUAUACCCGUUUUGUUGUCAAUGUUUUAAUAACUUCACAAAGUUGCCAUAUUAGAAUAAAGGGGAAAAGUGU